AUGAUGACGAUGCGCUGCGUGCUGCUGGUGUGUGCGCUGUGUGCGUGGUGCGCCUGCGGGUGUGCGGCGGUGGAAUUGAAGAGUCGUGGAGAGGAGUCUAAAUUUGGCGGCUACGCGCUAGUGGCUGACGUUGGCGGUGCUCUUGAGCAAGGGAAGAAAUCGUGUGCUUCUGAUGCUGCUGCUUCCGAGGAAGACUGCAAGGAUGCCAAUAAAAAUGGUCCGUUGGGUGUCAGUGUUACUUGCACUGGAGAGAAUCCGCCGGAAAGCUGCACGACUCUCAGCGAUCCUGAGGAUUGCAAGGAAAGACCGACUCCGGAUUGCAAUGACGCCGCUGGUAGUGGUACAGGGUCUUCUUGCGCAGGUGGCAAAAAAAAGCUUUGCCCGACUGUCAAGGAAGUUAAGGCUAACAAUGAAAGUGAGUCCCAUGAUGUUAACACUUCUCCCACUUAUCAUCUUAUCACUAAGCCACCUCCUUGCCCGUCUGGUCAGGCUGAAGUGGACGGAUCGUGUGUGUCUUCGGGUACUCAAUUGAAGGAGGAUCGGGGGAAGGCCAACGGGGAAAAAGAUGGCCAUACUGAUACUGCUGAACAUGCUGAGCAACAUCUUUCCAGGAGUGAGAAUGUUGACGGUGAGGGCAACCGCGUUGCUGAGCAAUGCGAUUCCAGUAAAACUGGGCCUUGCCCCAGCCAGCCGGGUAAGCCUCCCGGUAAGAUUCCUGUCCCCCGCCCUCAACCGCAACCGCAACCCCACCGUCCGAACGUGGAGAGAAACCAAGAAAACAUCAUUAAAGGUGGAACAAAUAAAGAUGAGAGUGGUGAAGAGACCCAACUUGAGAACACAGGUGAUGUUACUGGUGGUGUCAAUCACAACCCACAGAGUCAAGUACAAAAUGGAAAGACGAAAGAGGCCAACGGUAAGACAGACGACAAAAGCGGCCCAGCCACUCCGGGUAGUGAAAUCAAUGGUGACUCAACAAGUACCAACAGAGAGGAACUGAGUUCUGACCCUUUGCCUCCCGCAGAGCGCACUCCCGCAGCUGACAACACUGCUGAGGAU